GGAAGCUCUUCUAUCUAUCUCUAUUUUCUAUUCUCUAGUCUUUUUCUCACAACCUGCCAUUUCUUUCUACUUCCAUUCACCAUAACGAAACGCCAAGCUACUAGUACCUUACACGAUUCAUCUCUCUCUCAUACACUCUAUUUUUCUCUCUGUCCCCUACCACUCUUUCAAAAUAAUAUUCUUUUUUAUCUCAAGCGGUGGAACACUCUUCUCCACCAGUACCACCAUCCUUCUUCUUCUUCUUCUCUCCACCAUAUAUAGUAUUUGACUAUUUGUAAUAUUCAUCAUGUUCAUUGUGCAGUGGUGAAUUGAAGUGUUUGAGUUUGGCAUCUUCUGAUGGUGCUUUAUUUAUAAUUAUUGUCAUCAAGUUUCAGACUCAUUCUGGAUCACUGAGCUGAUUCUCUUAAUGUCAAGAUAAAAAAAAUAAAAGGUAGAUGAUGCAUGGAAGCUUGAGAAAUGCAAAUAAAAGUAGAAAAGCCUCUAGCAGAGAAAGAAAAUUGGCUUUGCAGCAAGAUGUGGAUACGUUGAAGAAGAAGCUAAGGCAUGAAGAGAACAUUCAUAGAGCAUUGGAGAGGGCUUUCAACAGACCUUUGGGAGCUUUGCCUCGUCUUCCGCCUUACCUCCCUCCCUAUAUACCAGCCCUUCUGGCUGAAGUGGCAGUUUUGGAAGAAGAAAUUGUAAGACUUGAAGAGCAGGUUGUGCAUUUCAGACAGGAUUUGUACCAGGAAGCUGUCUACAUGUCAUCUUCUAUGAGGAAAUUGGAAAAUUCAGUUUCCGCUCCUCCUAACAAGUCAAAUCCAACAAUGGAUAGUCCCAAGUUGGAUAAAUUGAAGUCUCUUACCCAAACAACUGGUAAUUCAACAGCAACAUCUGCAACUAAGCCUACCACAACACUCCCUGAUGAUAAUAGACAAGGGAAAGAGAACCAAUCCUGUACUAAUUCUUCCAAGAGCAGGAAGCAAUCCUCCAACCAAACGAACAAAACUCCAAUUAAAAAAAUUAACAAUCAAUCACUGCAGAAAAAGUUGGAUCAUCCAAAAAGGAAGAAAGAACCAAAGGUGAAAAACCAGCAAGUUGCAGAUGUAAGAAAUCAUAGUCCACAUAAAAAUUCACCAGAAGCUCAGAGUCCAAAUAUAAUUUCAGAAAAUAUUCUAAAGUGCUUAUCAAACAUUAUCUUGAGAAUGAGUGCCUUAAAGAAUCCAGGUUCUACAUGUGACAUGCCACCCGUGUGGGAUCUAAAACCUCACAACCGUGAUGAAGGAACAGAGUUUGGGGAUCCAUAUGGCAUCUGUUUGGAAUUUGGGAAGAGGGAUAUUGGUCCAUACAAGCAAUUAUGGUCAAUUGAUGUUAAAUCUUUCAAUCCAAAACGAACUGCAAAUACUUUGUUUUUACUACAUCGGUUGAAACUACUUUUUAGGAAACUAGCCUCGGUCAACUUGGAAAACCUCAACCAUCAGGAGAAGCUUGCAUUCUGGAUCAACAUCUACAACUCUUGUAUGAUGAAUGCAUUCAUAGAGAAUGGCAUACCAGAGAAUCCUCAAAUGGCUGUUGCACUAAUGCGGAAGGCAACAAUAAAUGUUGGUGGGCACGUGCUAAGUGCAACAACCAUAGAGCAUUUCAUUUUAAGACUUCCUUAUCACUGGAGAUUUACAUUUUCCAAGGGAACAAAAAAUCAUGAAAUGAAAGCAAGAAGCAUAUAUGGAAUGGAACUGUCAGAACCCCUAGUGACAUUUGCUCUCUCUUCUGGAACUUGGUCCUCUCCUGCUGUGAGAGUUUACACAGCAUCCCAGGUUGAGAAUGAACUGGAAGUGGCCAAAAGAGAGUACUUACAGGCAGCAAUUGGAUUUUCAACUUCAAAGUUUGCUAUCCCAAAGCUACUGGAUUGGUAUUUGCUGAACUUUGCAAAAGACUUGGAGUCAUUGCUGGAUUGGAUCUGUCUCCAGUUACCAAGUGAAUUGGGGAAAGAAGCCCUUAAAUUCCUUGAGGAAAGAAAAACCGAGCCCUUAUCACAAUUUGUACAAAUUAUGCCAUAUGAGUUCAGCUUUAGAUACUUGAUAUGCACAUAAUUUCACUCCCUUUUGGCCAUUGCAAUUUUGUAUACAGCAGUAGAUCAUACAUAUAAAAAUGUACAUGAUCAUCUUUUCUCUACUCCCUUUGGGAGAAAUGUUCAGGUUCCUUCUUUUAACUAAAGUGAAUAAAAGAAUCAUUGUAUAACAUGGAAUUU